AUGCCUCUAUUGGACAUCUCCCGCCAACCCUCGAUCGCAACUGUCGUCGUUGCUAUUUCUUUGACUUUGAGUCUACUUCUGCUCCGGCACUUACGAAGGUCAAGGGGCGGGCGCUGUACGAUUCCUGGACCCAGAGGGUGGCCGGUUAUUGGGAACCUGCGCGGCAUAGAUGUCAACGCGCCUUGGCUGAGCUACACAAACGAUCUCUCACAUCUAUGGGGAACGCACACUUACUCGCUGCUUGAUCAAUCGACAGGAGGGAUCUUUCGCAUCUGUCAUAUUGGUCUCGACAUCGUUGUUAUAAGCAAUGAGGAUAUAGCUCGUGAUCUACUCCACAGCCGGUCCAGCAAGUACUCAGGAAGGAUGCACCUGCCCACUACUGAGCCAUACGGAUUUGGAUUUCUGACAGCCAUCACAGGCUACUCGGAUGUAUGGCGUGCUCAUCGGCGUGUCCUGCACCAGCAUUUCCGAGCGGAUGUGUCGCGCAAAUACCGCGAUAUGCAACUGCGCAAAACACAUCAACUCGUUAAGAAUAUCAUCGAGACCCCUGAAGACUUCAGAGACCACAUUCAGACGUUUGCGGCUGCUAUCAUCAUGUCUAUCGCAUAUGGAUACCAAGCCCAGGCCGUUCAGGAUCCCCUUGUGGAAAAGAUUAGCCAGACUCUUCACGUCAUCCUUCAAGUAGCCUCGCCGGAGAAGGCAGCUUUGGUUGGGAUACUGCCUUUUGUCAAGUACAUCCCUCCAUGGCUACCGGGAGGCCAAAUGAAUGCCGCUAAGUGUAGGAGGCACUCCAGAACUCUCAUUGAGAGUCCUUUUCAUCACCUCAAGGAAACUGUUGAGCCCGAUUCUUUGAUCCCAAGUGUAACAUAUGAAGCACUAUCCAACGUACGGAAGUCUAAGGCGACUGAUUGUGGAUAUCUUGAGCUAGUCCAGGAUGUUGAUCAGCUGUUUAUUCUGGUAGCUGGAGCAGAAACGACUGCUUCGACACUGAUUGUCUUCGUGCUUGCCAUGGUACUUCAUCCGGAGGUUCAGGAGCGUGCUUUCGCAGAAAUCUGUCGCGUUUGUGGUAGCGAUCGUCUUCCUACGUUCGAAGAUCGACCUGCUUUACCAUAUGUUGAUGCUGUCGUCCGAGAGAUGCACCGCUGGUACCCAGUCGUUCCUUUAGGAAUCCCACAUGUAGUCACCAAGGAUGACGUAUAUGGGGAUCAAUUCAUUCCCAAGGGCACCAAUAUCAUAGUGAAUGGGUGGGCGAUCUCCAGAGACGAGUCACGGUUCCCUCGAGCAAAUGAAUUCCGACCUGAGCGUUUUAUCUCUGAGGAUAGAAUGCUGAGCGGCGAUACUGUCGACUUCGUUUUCGGCUUCGCUCGGCGAAUCUGCCCUGGUAGACACCUUUCUGAUGCAUCGGUAUGGGCAGCCGCAUCGUUAUUGCUUGCAGUGUUCCGCUUCGAGAAACAAAGUGAUGAACACGGAGCUGAGAUAGCUAUCGAGCCUAAGUGGUCAUCUGGAGUAACGUCAUGUCCAUUGCCGUUCCCUUGUCGCAUCAUUCCUAGAAACUCGAAGAUCAAUCCUAGUCUUCUGGCCCAGCUAUAGGGGCGAUCACCGUAGCUCCUACAUCUUGUAUUAGUAGGGCU